GUAUGAGGGAUUACUAAGCAGGGGUUACACAACGGUAAUGUACUAUCAGCUAAAAUUUUUUUUUUAAAAAAAAAUAUUACAUUUUAAUUUCCAACCAUGGCUGAUACUGCCGAUACUGAGAAUAAGCAAGUCGUUACGGAAUCUUCAAGGGGAACUGAAGAAGAGGACGUGGUUCCUUCACCUGACAUUCACUUUGAGCCCCUUGUCAGUCUUGACGAGGUUGAGGUGAAAACAUUUGAAGAAGACGAGGAUGUUUUAUUUAAAAUGCGCGCCAAACUUUUUCGAUUUGAUAAACCCUUAAAGGAAUGGAAAGAACGAGGCACUGGAGAUGUUCGUUUUCUUCAGCAUAAAGAAACAAAAAAAAUUCGUCUAGUAAUGCGACGAGAUAAGACUCAUAAAGUUUGCGCCAAUCAUUACAUUACUUCCGAAAUGCAACUUUCCCCAAAUGUUGGAUCAGAUCGCUCGUGGGUGUGGAAUGUUAAUGCUGACGUUUCUGAUGGCGAACCAAAAGCAGAAACGUUAGCUAUUCGGUUUGCAAAUAUUGAAAAUGCUAAUUCCUUUAAAGAGAAGUUUUAUGAAAUGCAAAAGAUGAACAUCGAAAUUAAAGAAGCAAAGAAAAAUGAAACUCCUAAGAAGGAUGAUGAAAAAAACAAUGUAAAAGAUGAGAAAGACAAAAAAGAUGAAAAAGAUGAAAAGAAACAAAAGGAUGAAAAAGAUGAAAAGGAUGAAAAGGAUGAAAAGGAUGAGGAAAAAACUUCUUAAAUAUGUUUAUUUCAUCCAAAUUAAGCCAAUUAAACUAUUAUUAUUAAACAUUCAGUAAUAAUCAUUUACAAUAAUUAUCUAUUAAUAAUGAAAGUUAGUAAUAACUUAAAAACAAAACCAAUAAAUAAUAAAAUUGUAAUUAACUGAAUCCAACAAUAACAAUCUA